ACCUAUAAAUAGAGAAUAACAGAACGACAUUCAACACACUCAACCUUUGCCAUGUCUUCGGUUAACAAUCUAGUAAAACUUUCGAUCCUACUCCUCGUGGUGACUUUUGUUCACUGUGAAAUGGAUAUGGCCGAAGAGUCACGGAUUAUUGGUGGACAGUUUGCUUCGCCUGGGCAAUUCCCGCAUCAGGUGUCGCUACAAUUGAAUGGUCGUCAUCAUUGCGGUGGUUCCCUGAUCUCUGAGACGAUGAUCGUGACAGCUGCCCACUGCACUAUGGGUCAGAAUCCGGGUCAGAUGAAGGCCAUUGUAGGAACCAACGAUCUGAGUGCCGGAAAUGGUCAAACCUUCAGCAUUGCCCAAUUCAUCAUCCAUCCGCAGUACAAUCCGCAGAGUCAGGACUUCGAUAUGUCACUGAUAAGGUUGAGCAGCCCGGUUCCAAUGGGAGGUGCUGUGAAGACCAUUCAAUUGGCGGAUUCGGACUCAAAUUACGCCGCCGAUACGAUGGCCAUGAUAAGCGGUUUCGGCGCCAUCAACCAGAACCUUCAACUGCCCAAUCGUCUUAAGUUCGCCCAGGUCCAAUUGUGGAGUCGUGAUUACUGCAAUGCCCAGAAUAUUCCUGGUCUCACCGAUCGCAUGGUAUGUGCCGGGCAUCCUAGUGGACAAGUCAGCUCUUGCCAGGGUGACUCUGGUGGCCCACUGACCGUCGAUGGCAAGCUGUUCGGUGUGGUGUCCUGGGGAUUCGGCUGUGGGGCUAAGGGACGUCCGGCCAUGUACACCUAUGUGGGUGCUCUGAGGUCCUGGAUCAAACAGAAUGCAAAUGUGUAAUUGGAAAAAGGAAUUGGUUAAUCAUUCACUAAUCGGCUUGACUAAAACUUAAUGCAAUACUACUAAUCUGUGUUUUAUUUUUAUAUUUCUGUUGAUAUUCAGAUUUUAGUUCCAAUGGUAUGGUAUUCAUAUAAAUUGAAAUUUUCUU